CAUCCAUAACAACAGGAGAGGCAGGUUUCCUAAAAUCCAAAGCGCUCGCUGGGUCUUCUCCAUGUAAAGAGAAGGGAAAAAAAAAAGUUUCCGAAACUUUUAAAUCGCCACCACGAUGCCCCCGAAGAAGAAGGGAAAGAAAAGCGGAGAGCAAGCAAGUAAAAAGGAGAAGGAUGGACACGGUCCCGGAGCUGGGAGCCUGGAGGAGCCGCUGUCGGAGCUCAGUAAGGAGUUUUACCGGGUGCAGAUCCGGGACCUGGAGGACAGGCUGGAGAGGUAUCAGCGCAAGUGUGACGAGCUGGAGGUGCGCGAGAAGGACUUCGGCUCCCGCUACGAGCGCCUCGCCAAGGACAAGAGGGAGAUCGUGUCCUUCCUGAAGCGCACCCUGGACCAGCGGGCCGACGAGCUGGCCGACCUCGCCGACCGGCUCCUGGGGUUGCAGCAGGCCAAGGAGGCGGAGAAGGACUCCUUCGAGGCCCAGCUGGCCCAGCUGCGCCACGAGUUCCAGGAAAGCAAGGACCAGCUGACCUCCGAGAACAUGGUGCUAGCGGGGAAGCUGGCCUCUCUGGAGGAGUUCAGGGUGCAGAAAGAGGAGCUGAUGGCGCAUCUGGCCAGCCUGGAGGAGCAGCUGACCAAACAGAAGCAAGAGCACCAGGCUGUCAUCUACAACUUGGAGAGGAAGGCAGUGCUGGACAAUGACAGGCUGAAGAAGGAGAUGCUGGUGCGGGUGGCGGCCGUGGCCGCCGAGUUCCGGCGGGUGUCGGACCGGCAGAUGGCGGAGACGACGAAGAGGAUGAUCCGGGAAAACGCGUCGGUGACGGCCCAGCUGGGGAAGCUGUCGGACAAGAGCCUGGAGCUGCUGGAGGAGAACCAGGCCUUGAGGGAGCAGCAGGGGCAGAGCAGGCAGGAGCUGGGCGUACUGGAGCUGGGUCAGAAGGAGCUGGCCAGGAAGAGUCUCAGCAAUCAGAAGGUGCCCCCUUCGGCACAGCUCCUCGGGAUGAGCUUCAGCUGGCUGCAUCUAGUGUGGAUCAGCUCCUUUCUUUUCCAUCUCUCUGAGAUCAGGGCACAGCUGCAGGGAAUCCUCCAGGAGGCUGCCCAUGCCCUCCAGGAGGCCUUAACGGAGGCGCCCAGCAAGGAGGCAGAUGCAGAGCUCGCCGCCCUCGUGCGCCGAAGUCAGAUGAUGCAGAAGCUCUUAACCCUGAUGGAUAGCGCCGCCCUGCUGGGGAUAGGUCCCACCCUGCAGGAGUUCAGAAAGGACGCGGCCUGCUUCCGCGAAUACAAAACCGGCCCCGAGAGGGCUGGGAUUCUCUCUCCCUUGCUCAAGGCGCCGAAACUCCUGCCCCACUACAGGAUAGGGGAUCUGGGGCUGGUGCCCCGGCCCAAGCAAACCCUCAACACUGCCCUGUCCAAAGUAGGGCCGCUAUCCAGCAGCACCCGGUUCAACCUGCAGAGACGGCCUCCUGGCCAGCCCACAGAGGUAACCACGAGAUUCUGCGUGAGGCCCCACAGUGGGCAAUCAGGACGAUUUCGUUUCUGGCUGCUGAUGAGAAUUAAAACUGAGCUCCGAAGCACAGCAUGUAAAAACCGUGCUCAGGAGGGCUAGGCCAGCCACUUAUUCCAGUAAACCAGGAUGACAGGACUGCGGUUGAACGCAUGUUUCCUGCACGGAAACUCGGAAUUGCAUUGAGCCAGCGGAGAAGGCGGAUCUUGGCAGGGUGGUACACGUAAAUUCCUUAAUACAACAUUCAGGAACGGAAUUCAUUAAAUUGUUCAUUAAAAGUUGCACGUUUCGGCCUGGAACAAGAUGUGGGGAGGUUUUCCAGCCCGUACAGGCGAACUCCUGGUGUAACGAUGAGGACACGCAAUCUAAUCGGGGUCUUUGACAUCUGCGACGAACGCAACAGGACUGCAACCCAUUAAAACAAAUACUAAAGCAGUACCGAUGCCAUAAACUCCUUCAAGAGAAUGGGAUAAAUGGAUAUCGAAAGCAAAAUGGAGUUUCUUUAAUAAAAAGGGCUUUUCUGUUAAUCAAGUUCCUCUUUGAAAGAACCGAGUACCUCUGAGUACCUCGGUACUGUUGUCUUUGUGCACUGUCCAUUCCAGUUUCUUUUGUAUUGUGUGCAAUUCUUUGCACUCCAUUUAUAAUUGUAUUUCUUGUGUUGUAUUAUUGUAUUAUUACGUUGUACUGUGCUUGGUUCAUUGUGCCUGGCUGCUGGUGCUGUUGCAAUG